AUGACAGCAGCCAGUCCUGCCUGCAGCCCCACCUCAACCCAGUCCUCACCUGUCUGCCUCCCAGCAUGCAACAGGCACCUGAUGGAAGGCAAAGGCCUCCCCACCAAACUGCACCUGCGCUCGGCCCCGGGUGUGUGGCUCAUGCUGGGUGUAGCGGUGGUGCUGGUGGGGAUGGGUGUGGCGGUGGCGGGUUACGUGUCUGCUGUACCAAAGCCUGUGGGUGGCCGCGGCACUACCCACGUUGAGAGGAUGAAACUGGCUGGGCCCGUGGUCAUGGGAGUCGGCCUAUUCAUCUUCAUCUGCGCCGCCACGCUGCUGUACGAGAACAGGGACCGUGAAGUCCUCAGACUAGAGACGCCUGAGGACCUUGAGGAUCUGAAGGGAGGAGAUGGCUGGGAGGAUUCACAGGAGCAACCCAGCUUCAGCUGUCAGGAGCAGUGGGAGUUUAAAGAUGAAGAGCAGGAAUCCUGGGCCACUCCGGCCCACACACUCCCCCUCUUAAACGAGAACUGGGGUCCUGCUCCUCCUCCUACUCCUCCUUGCAGGGACAGACACAACAUCAGCAGCAGCACCUCCUCUGCUCCUCUGGAUGCAGGAGGUACAGAUAAAGAGGAGGUGGACAGAAAGCAAGAGGGAGCAGAGGAGGGAAGGUCAACCCUUCUGGCCCGAGUUCUGCACCACCAGGAGCCCACUCCUCACUCCUCCUCCUCCUCCCCUUGCCCAUCCGUUUCUCAGUCCUCCGUCCACUCAGACUCAUGCAACUCCAGCGAGAUCAACUUUAACGUACGGACAUGCUCUCCUUUGCCGCCCGAGCACUGAACUUCUCCUGUCUUAUGAAACAUGCAUGAAGAGAUAGAUACAUGUACAAGUUUCACGUGCUGACGCUAU